AUGCCUGCGGCUGUCCAGAUUACAGCGGAACAAAUUUUGCGUGACGCUGUAGAAUGGCAGACAAAGGACGUCAAGACUGUGAAUCAUACGUUUGCCGAUGCGGAUGAACUCGCAUAUUACAAGGCCCAAAGGCGUAAGGAGUUUGAGGAUAGUGUAAGAAGACAGAGGCAUCACAUUGGAACGUGGAUUAAAUACGCAUUAUGGGAGGCUAACCAACGGGAUUUUAGAAGAGCAAGAAGUGUGUUUGAACGAGCCUUACUCGUUGACCCAAACAACGUUCCCCUGUGGUCUCGCUAUAUUGAGACGGAAAUGAAGAAUAAAAAUAUAAACUCGGCACGCAAUCUCUUUGAUAGGGCUGUAUCCAUACUCCCAAGGGUGGAUGAAUUCUGGUUCAAAUACUCCCAUUUUGAAGAACUCUUGGGGAACUACGCCAAUGCAAGAAGCAUUUUUGAGAGGUGGAUGGAGUGGAAUCCAGAUGACAAGGGGUGGAUGCUCUAUGUAAAGUUUGAAGAACGCUGCGGUGAAAUUGAAAGGUGCCGAGACAUCUUCAAGAGGUACCUGGAAAAUCGUCCUUCCUGUAAAUCAUUUUUAAAAUAUGUAAAGUUUGAGGAAAGGCAUGGUGAAUUUGCAAAUGCUAGGGCUGCAUUUCUCAAGGCGAUUGAGAUUUUACCUCCAGAACUCCUGGAUGAGGAAUUCUUUAUCAAGUUUGCAGCCUUUGAAGAGAAGCAGCGUAACUUUACUGGCGCUCAAAAAAUAUUUGAACAGGGUUUAACGUCACUAGAGGGUGCUGAAAACUUGUACAAGAAAUUUACCUUGUUUCAGAAACAGUACCAGAGUAAAAAUAUCGAUUCUGUAAUUAUAAACAAAAAGAGAAAUGAGUAUGAGCAAGCCCUAUUGGAAAAUCCAUCAAAGUAUGACCUCUGGUUCGACUAUACAAGACUGGAGGAGGGAGUUAUAAGUGAUCCAAACGUUGAUAGAGCAGCUCAAGAAGCAAGAAUAUGUGAAAUUUAUGAACGUGCAAUCGCAAACUACCCACAAGUCAAUGAUUCCAAAUUGUGGAGAAGAUAUUCGUACCUGUGGAUAAAUUACGCUGUAUUCAGCGAACUGACACUAUCGCAACCUGAAAGGGCAAUUCAGGUCUAUUUAAAAGCAUUUGAACUUUUACCAAAAAACUUUGCCAAACUCCACAUUCUCCUUGGAGAAUUAUAUCUUCGGCAAGGUGAUUUGGAUAAAAUGCGUAAAACAUUUGGUACGGGGAUUGGAGUCUGUAAAAAACCAAAAAUAUUUGAAUCAUAUGCACAACUUGAGCUAAAGCUAGGAAAUGUAGACAGAUGUAGGCUCAUACACGCAAAGUAUAUAGAAAUGUGGCCUUUCAAACCUCAGAGCUGGUUAUCAUUUGUUGACUUUGAACUCUUGCUGGGCGAAAGGGAGCGUGUGCGUGGGAUUUUGGAAGCCGCCAUUGGCAUGGAGCGAAUGGAACGUCCGGAGCUCAUUUGGGACCGAUAUAUGGAAUUAGAAAACGAGUGGAAUGAGCAUGUAAGGGUUAGAGAUUUGUACGAAAGAUGUCUACUCAAAACCACACACAUUAAGAUAUUUGUAAAAUACUCGAAAUUUGAAGCCGAAUGCAAGAAUAUGGAGAACGCAAGGGCGGUUAUUGAACGCGGGCUAGAAAUUUACAAGAAUGAAGGCGCAAAUGUUGAUAGGGCAUCUCUACUUUCACAUGCCCUCAAACUUGAGAUGGAAUUCGGGGACCAAAAGAGCAUCGAAAAGAUCAAGGCAAGACAGGCCAAGAAGGCACUCCGGAAAAGAAAGUUGGAGGACGGACAAACGACCGAGGACGUCGUAUUCAUAUUCCCAGACGACGGAGGACAAAAGAGCAAGAUACUUGAAAAGGCACUAAAAUGGAAGCAAAAGACGGCUCUCGCAUCCUGAUUUGGGUUUUUGUCAUGCGCCC